GUGUAACUGUGUGUACGUGUGUACAACUGUCCACAGAUGCCACAGUUCAUGCCAGAAUCUGGCUGGAGAGAUUACUGUCAGGACCAGGCCCCCCUGCUGGAGCUGCCCUGCCCCCCCCGCAGCUUUCCCUGGAAGGGUCCAUCCAUAGAGAAUGGAUACCAGCACAGAGCCUCUGUUUACUCGUACGGCCCUGCUGACUGCCAGCCGCUGCCGUUCACCCUGGACACAAGCAUCAGAUCAGCAGAGGCACUCUCAGAUGUGCGCCUGCAGGUGUCCGUAUAUUUCAGGGACAGUCUCGUGCAGGAGGUGACCACAUCCAGUUUGAAGGGUUGCCACAUCACUCCGUUCCUCCCUGAAGAGGAGCACAACCUGCCGCCUGGAGGUCCUGAUGUGAUACCUCUGCCUUUGGACAGCCUCCUCUCCCAGAGGAGGACAGAGGAGAGGACCCACAACUCCUUUUCCAACUUAGAAAGGGGAGUAUUGCUGUGGAUGGGUGCGGACGGACUGUACGCUUAUCGCCUGUGUCAGAGCCGAGUGUACUGGCAGGGAGGACUGUCCACGCAUGGAACCAAGGCCUGCAUGUUAGAGAGAGAGGUCACGUGUAAACUUCUGGACACACAGCACUACCUCACAGAGAUCCAGAGUUAUGGACUCCAUGACCGACGACUGCCUCAUUUCCAGGUCCUACUUAGUUUUGGAGAAGAGUGUCUGGACCCACAGAGCCAAACAUGUACCCUUACUGUCCAGGUGGAGCCGCUGAUUGCCAGGCAGCUCCUGUACUAUGCUCAGCAGACAGGCAGCCACUACUACCGUAGCUAAGAGCUUUCAUGAGUCACAGAACACAACCAGAGGGUCCUAACACAUCGCAUCAGUCUGCAGAAGUGACUCAGGAUACUCCUGUGAGCUUUUUAAACAGGCAGUGCGACAACGUCUGAGACAAACAUGGACAGUGUUACACAGGCAUGAUGGGCAUUUAGUGACCAUUGCUGUUUGCUGAGUGCAGUUCUUUGUGUGUAUGUGUGUGUGUGUGUGUGUGUGUGU